CUGUGGGGAAGAAAGGCGUGGUCCACACCAGGCACUAGGAUUAUCUUGAAAUACGCCCAUAGUGCAGUGCAGUGCUAUAGUGUGCAGUGUUAAUAGUGUUAGAGCCUGUAUUGGAGAGAUCAUGGGUGGGAGCUUUUCUAAAGCCCCUGCUGAAGCCAAUGGAAAUGGACACUUGGAGGCAGAGACUCAAGAUCUGUUCCAAGACAUCCCCUCCACACUGCACACUGAGCCCAUUCAGAGCUUGUGUGUAGCUAAUGACAACGAGCUCUUCUCUGGAGGUGUAGAUAAGGAUGUCAUACUGUACUCGUGGACACGGCACAUUAAGCGAGCCAGAUUCAAGGGGCCCUCUAAAGACAUCACCAAGGUGAUCUACAGUAAAAAACGAGGAAUGAUUUAUGCUGGAUCGAGGGAUCGCACCAUUUAUGCCUGGAAUUGGCCCCGGGAAAAAGCGGAAGAAGCCGCUGAAACUACUGUUGUGUCUGAUGAUCAUAAUGCGCUUGUCCCAGAGGCAACCACUACUCUCCAGGCCCACUCUCUAGGAGUCACUGCACUGGCUCACAGCGAAGAUUUCCCUCAAUUACUGUGCUCUGGGUCACGUGACAACUCCGUGUGUCUGUGGGAUACCAACACGAGCAAGUCCAUCUCCUCAAUGUACUCUACCCGUAACAUUGUGACAGGGCUGGAGUGGGUGGAGGGGGAGAGGGGAGUACUACAGUCCAGUGAGGACAAGACGCUGAGACUCUGGGACCUCACCAGCUGCAGCACUGUCCAGCAGUUCAGGGCACGGAAUGAUCUGCAGACUUGCUGUGCUGUGUCAUCUUCAAGACAGCAGUUUGUGGCGGGAUCAAGCGGUAGUGGAAAUUUGGGAGCUGAGCUUACUCUCUGGGAUCGACGGAACGAAAGAAGGCCAAUCAAAGAGUUCAAGGGUCACUCAGAAGGCGUGAAAGAUUGCAUCUUUAUUACAAUGGAUGACAAAGAAUUGAUUGCGUCAUCGGGUUGUGACUCAACAGUUAGACUGUGGGACAAAGACACUGGAGAUUGCUUACACACUGAGUUCAUAUCUGAUGCUGGUCCAAUCACCGCUCUUGUAUCACCCUCGCCUGGAUUAAUUGCAUGUAGUUCGUUCAAGGCCGGCAUCUCAGUGUGGUCCAUCAUCUCUGAACAUUCAGGUAGCAAGUCCCUCUGUCUCUCAAUGAAAGCCAAGUAUUGAUCACUGCACACCUAUCGUCAUUAUUAUAUUAUCAUUGAAGUUUUUAACUAUGAUUAUACUAUUUCUCACUAUAUACAUCACCACGAAAUUAAUUUAAUUAUGCAUUUUUUAAUAAUGA